GCAAUGCCAGAAAGGGAACCAAAACCAAAAUAAAAGAUGGCGAAUUUUGAGGUGCUGCCGUGAGUGCAGUGAUUUGUUUUGAUUCGUAAUCAAGCGAGUUCGUUUAUUUUGCUAACCGGGAUCGGUUUUGAACCGUGAGACAGAACCGCAAACAUUGCUUUGAAGCAUGAUCUAGCGCUUACCUGUUUGAGCCGCAGCAACAGCAAGCCGAAAAUGUCUCGCACCAAGUCACGGCUGCAGGCAGAAAUCUGCGGCGAUUGCGGCAGCUCAGAUCCUUCAUGGGCCUCGAUCAACCGUGGUAUCCUGCUAUGCGCCGACUGUUGUUCGAUCCAUCGUAGCCUUGGAAGACACAUUUCGCAAGUAAAGUCCUUACGUCAAGGUACUUGGUCUCCAUCGGUGCUAGCUUUUGUUAAUCAGCUCAAUAGUCAUGGAGCAAACAGUGUAUGGGAGCAUCUGCUUCUGGACUCUGUAGCUCCAAAAAAUCUCAAGCGAAAACCGUCUUCAAAGGAUCCUCUCCAUCCAACGAAAGCCGAUUUUAUUAGGGCAAAACAUGUCAACCUUUCCUAUGUGCUAAAACCUAGCUUAGAAGACGCAGUGAGUGGCUCUGGUAAUCUGGAAGCAGAAUUGAGUAAGCAAUUACACGCUAGUGUGAGAGCCGGAAAUCUGGAAACGAGUUUACGGUUUUUGGUUCAGGGUGCUGAUCCGAACUUUUAUCAUGAAGACAAAGGUUCGAUGCCGUUGCACGUUGCGGCGCGUUCUGGCCAGCUGUCGCAAAUGGAACUUCUAAUGGUUUAUGGAGCAGAUGUUAAUGCACUGGACGCGCAAGGAAAUACACCUUUAGAUGUAGCAAAAGCUUGCAAGCAGACGGCAAUCGCUGAGCGUUUGACGGAAGCCAUGUACGAAGUAACGGAUCGGUUGAGCUACUACCUAACUGGAAAGAGACCGGAUCAUACGGCGGGUCAACAUCUGCUAAUUCCAGAUCAAUCAAAGAAGGAAAUCAGUGAUCAGUUGAAAAUUGCACGUGGCAAGUUGCAGUUGGUUCCGAAUAGGAUGUUUGAAGAGUUGGUGAUGGAUCUUUACGACGAGGUCGAUCGCCGAGAAACGGAAGCAAUUUGGUCCACGAGCUCGUUGAAUCCGGAAAUCGGUGCUGUUCCUUUUCUUCCCACCAAUCCACACCUGAGUGCAACUAGAAAUCAGGGACGUCAAAAAUUGGCUCGCUUCAGUCAGCAGGAGUUUGCCGGAUUAAUCAGCGACGUUUUGAUCGAUGCCCGACGUCGGCAAAAUAUGGCUAACUUACGCCCGGUUGAUGCUCCACUGCCAGCCAGUUUAACCCAGCUGAAGACUGCUGCGGGCACCCGAGAGUCCAACCUGUCCGACGAUGAACCACUGUACGAUGCGGUGGCAUCCGAUGAUGAUUACGCUGCGUUGGCUCCGGUUGCGCAACAGGCCCUGGUAAAUAAAUCACCACCGAGUACCGUUUCGAAUGCCGAAGUCGAAACGCUUCGACAGAAACUACAGGACCAAGAAUCGACCAUUAACGAACUGCGUGUACUGGUGCAGAAACUGACGAGCGAGAAUUGCCAAUUAAAGUCCAGCAUGAGUUCCAAAGAUUCCGAAGUUCUACUACGAAUCGACAGUCACCCAAAUGGUUCGUCGGCGCCGGCUGAAAUUGAAGAGUUAGAACCCGUUUCAGAUGGCCGUCAGUACUACAAGCGUCCAGUAAGUAUGUACGAGGCAAGGCAGCUACCCAGAGAUGAAAAUCGACCACCAAUCACGCAAAGUUUGUACUCAAUGGCACCGCUAGGUAACAAUUCUGUCGGUGUCGCAAGUAUGAACAACAGUGCCGAUUCAGAUUUGAACUCAACAACAGCAAGAAGCGGUAGUCAGGUUCAGCUACCGCACUUUGACGAGGUCAAAAAGAGAACCGAUCUAGUUGCCAGACGAAUCAAGGAACUGUUUGCCUCGAUGCAAGACCUAUCCAAAACCGAUGCGUUUGUACCGUGUGCCGAGCGAAUACGGGUCGCUGUAGCUGAACUUACGGCUAUUUUUCCAGGGACAAUGCGCGAAGAAACACUUAAAACUGCCCUGAAACAACUGACCUACAAUACCAAUCUGAUUCAAACUGAAUGCACCCGUUUGCAGCGUUCGUUUGUUGAGGAAGGGCAACAGUCGGUUCUUUCGGACAGCAUUAAGGUCAAUAUGGAACAGGUCCGGGGUUGUGCCUAUGAUCUGGCAAUGUCGACUAAGAUUUUGAUCACACAUUUUCAACAAUCGUGAGUCAUGAAAUAACAACUUCGCAUAGCGUAUUGAAAUGGCUCGAAUCAUACAUACAGUAAUUAUUUUUGCUAGCAUAUGCUAGAAGUAUUUUUCCACCUCGAGACUCAUCUGUGUCAACGGGAUGGUAGAUUGCCGAAUGUGCCAAAUUUUGUUUUUUUCUAGAAAAGUAUUUUGACUACAGUUUAACAAACGUAUUUAACUAUCACCAGAAUAUUAUUUUAACCACCAAUAACACAUUAGAUUGAAUAAUUUAUUUUUACCCAGUAACGAAGUAGAUAGCAAUCAAACACAAUCAUUGCGUUCGAAUUAAUAGCGUAGCCUGUAGUUGGCUACGUUAGGACUUCCACACGUUAUACGACCAACUCGUUAUAAUAACUAACACCUUUUAAACGGCAAUAAAUUUAGCAUAUUCGUAUACCCA